UCAACUGAUGUCCUCCUGCUGCAGCCACCACUGCCGUACUGACAUGGAGCUAACAGAGGAGCAUGCACACUAUCAGAAAAAGAAUAUUGUACAGAUGACACUUUCUCAGUGGAUAGCAAUCAUUUCCCUGUGCUGUAUGCUACCUUAUCCAGUCACCAGCGCCAAGGGAAACUGGACUGUCGUGUUGCCGCAACAAAGUUUUAACAUUACAAAAUGCGAUAAUAUCACCAUUAACUGCACGAUGAAAUACCCUGAGCCUGAAGAAGGCAAAAAGAAAAUCCAGGUCUUUUGGAAGGCGAAAGACAAAGGAACCAUGAAUAUAGGAAGCAAAGACAGGAACGUGUUCAUCUAUCAUCACAAUGUCUUGUUGGUGAUGAAGAACUUUCAGAACAGAACACGACUCCUUGGAAAUAUUAAUGAUUAUGACUGUUCUUUGUUAAUUAUCGAUGCACAACGUACCGAUGUUGGGCAGUACUACUUGAGAGUGGAGACUGGAUCUGAAGAGUACAGCUUUCGUGAGGCGAAUGAAAUCAUACAUAUUGUAGAUGUCAACUGUACUGUUCCAGAGAAUAUUCCAGCAGUUGGGAACGCCAUUGCCAUCGCUGGACCUGUGGUUCCUAUCCUGCUUGUUGCAGCUGUGGUUGUGAUUGUGCUUCUCCUCAGACGAAAUAAACGAAGAAGGAAUCCAGUGAGACAAGAGAUGAAUUGUUAUGAAAACUUUCAAGUGUCUUGUGAGAAGCCGAAUGAUGAUGGGCAUGACUCAACAAAGGACAAAGAGGAGGAACCACCGUUCACACCUGAAGACACAUCCAUUUAUGCCAAUUUCCAGGGUGAAGUUUUUGAGGAGCCUACUGAUUUUGAUCCAACAGAAAACAUUUACUCUAAUGUUGGCUAUGAUAUGCAGCUGUAAGAUAGAAAAGGCCCAACGAAUACAUAAUCAUGAUACAUACAGUCAGACAAUGAUCCUCAAUGCUGAACAUAUACUGUAUGUAUGUAUGUACAUAUAUAUGUUUGUAAUGUGUUUAUAUAUGUAUUGAUGUUGUCGGAAACAAA